AGGUCGCUAAUUGUUUGACGACUUUGUUCUUCAUCGAGUGAUCAUAGACUGUAUAUAAAAAAUAGCAAUUAAUAAUUAUUUUUACAGUCAAUGGGAGUGAUGGAGAUUUUUUUUGACUAACACCCAUUGACUGUAAAAUUAUUUUUAAACACAGACUAUGCUCACACCCAAAAAUUCCACUAUUUAUAUUUAUUUGGGGUCUAGACAUUCAUUGUGUACUAUAUUUAUUUUUUUUUUCUUUUCAUUGUUAUGUUUGUGUCCAAAAGUAGAUAACCACCUACGUAAUAGCUUAUAGUUUUUCAAAUAUUUAUUUUAUUUUAUUCAACAAAGAUUUUAGAAGUUGCCACACGCAUUCAUUCAAUGCGACACGGAUAGGAAGUUACGUCAACAUAUGUUGCUGUUGUAUUGGCUGAGCGGUCUGUCAAUCAAGAUCCAAACUGAGGCGGAAGGGGCGGACCUGUAUGUAAUAGAGGAGGAGUACUAUUGCGGGUCUAUCAUGGCGGGAUGCAUGAAAAUGACAAACGGUUUCGUUUCAGGGAGUCCCAAACUUUACAUUUUUAUCGCCACUUUUAUUAUUCUACCCGAAGCCACAUUCCAAACUACCGGUAACAAGUAUGCAGUCACUGAUUUGCAUGAUGGAGAGGAGCUCGUCAAGUCAGGACCCGACUGGUUCUGCUACAAAAACUCUAUUGUUCCAACCUGGAGGCAAACCUGGACAAGAAUUCAGGUGAAAGUUUGGAGCUCUAAGGUGUUUAAGUUGGAAACCGUGGAAGGUGAGGAGGAGCUGCAGGAGCUGGAGCGCUUCAGUUUGUGGGGCUGGUUUCAGAGCCUCCUGCGGGAGCAGCACAAUGAAACCACCAUUAAUAUCAGCCUGUUCAAGAAGAAGAUGUGCUUCAAGGUUGAUCCAACUGAAAACACUCCCUACACUGUCAAACCCAGCCGCAAGUUUGAUAUCUAUUUGUUUUUGGUGUUUCUCUGCGGGGUGUUGCUUUUUGUUUUUGCAGACUCUCUCAGCAGGAGUCAAGUGUUUUUCUACUCGGCUGGUAUGAGCACAGGCAUGUUUGCGUCGCUCAUAGUGCUGUUUUUCAUCCUGGCACGACUUUUACCAAAGAAAAGUCCCUUUUAUGUUCUGAUUGUUGGCGGCUGGUCUUUUUCCUUGUAUGCCAUCCAACUAGUCUGCAGGAACCUCAGCAUAAUUCUGCGAGAACACUGGCAUCUAGUUUUAGGUUAUGUUGUGGUGGUGGGAUUCAUCUCGUUUGCCGUCUGCUACCGUUACGGUCCUCUGGUGAAUGAGAAAAACAUAAAUAUCCUGUCGUGGACACUGCAGCUGAUCGGUCUGCUCCUGAUCUACUUGGGGAUUCAGCUUUACCAAGUCGCCUUUGCCAUCAUCGUCGCAGCUUUGCUCACCAAAAACCUGGAGUACCCCGUCUCUCUGGCAGUGACAGCUUGGAGAUUUCUCUUUAGGAAAAUAAAGGGCCGUCUUAAUUGGAAGCCACAACCUCGUCGUCUGCUGACUGAGGAAGAGUAUCAGAAGGAAGGAGAGGAAGAGACUCGGCUCGCUCUGGAGGAGCUUCGUAAAUACUGUAACAGUCCUGAAUUCAGUCCGUGGAAGACGGUGUCCCGGCUCCAGUCCCCUAAAAGGUUUGCAGAUUUUGUAGAAGGAUCUCCUCACGUGAUGCCAAACGAAGUAUCUGUUCACGCACAGGAAUACAGCUUUUUGGAAGAUGACUUUUUCGACACGGAUGAUGAAGAAGACACUGAUGUUGCACUAAAACAGGAGUGAAAACCCCCAGAAUUUGCAGCAUGUAAACAUCAAAGACUCUAAUUUUAUUUUAUUUUAGAAAGGAGUUGAGAAAGCAUCUUUCAUUACCUAUCCACACUUUUUAUAAUUUUUUUUAUAUUUGCAAAUACUGACCGCUUGAUUUGAGAAACUGGAUUUCAUUCAAACUUGCAUCAUUUUUGCGUCCAAAGAGAAAGGAUCAGUCAGGGUUAUGUGAACCAGUUAGUAUUUAUUGAUGUCUCAGCUGGUGUUUUAAACCAGGUGUAGAAAUACUCUACAAAGACCCCUGGUUACUUGAGUGAGUUUAUCUGUCUUAUUUCUGUUUCAUAACUUUCAAGGGUUCACCUCAGUGAGGCAUUUGUCCGGUGGUUUCUAACCCACUAAAGUCUGUUAAUUCCAUUCAGGGAAAAUAUAUUUUCUUUUCUAUUUUAUUGGUGAUGACAAUUAAAUAUCCUUGUGAACUUUGAAUAAAAAAUGUCUGUAAUGAAAUGCUGACACUAUUUUUUAAAUAAAUAUUAUCAGAUGUAA